GCACAUGUAAAAGUCUUUACCGGCACGCAUUGGCUGCAGCAGAAACGUGGAAGGGAUUUUUAGCUUUUGCAAGAGAAAAGAGAAAAACAUUGUCAUGUCUAUUGAGACAAAAGACAAGGCUGAAGUGCGUCUGGUGUUUCUAGGAGCAGGGGGAGUGGGGAAGACAGCCCUCAUCCAGCGGUUCCUCAAAGACACCUUUGAGCCGAAGCACCGGCGCACAGUGGAGGAGCUCCACAGGAAGGAGUGCGAAAUGGGAGGAAUUAAAGUCUCCAUCAGCAUUAUGGACACCAGUGGGAGCUACUCCUUCCCUGCCAUGCGCAAACUCUCCAUCCAAAACAGUGAUGCCUUUGCUCUAGUUUACGCCGUGGACGAUCCAGACUCCCUUGAGGCGGUCAAGAGACUGCGAGAGGAGAUCGUGGAAGUCAAGGAGAGCAAGCACACGCCAAUUGUGGUGAUCGGCAACAAGAUAGACCGACUCAAAGAGCGGAGGGUGUCCAGCGAGGACGUACUGUCCACGGUGGAAGUGGACUGGAACCACAUCUUCCUGGAGUCCUCGGCCAAGGACAACGUCAACGUGAUGGAGGCCUUCAUGGAGCUGCUGCAGCGGGCCAACCUGCCCACUCAGCUGAGUCCGGUGCUCUGCAAGAGACGACUAACGUUCCCCAAAGAAAGCAACAAGCGUGCUGCCAUGAACAAAACCAACAGCUGCCUCCUUUCGUAGAGAUGGACGGAAGCAGAGAAAACUGUGCAAACGAGACCAGAGGAUUGAUGCGGAUGAUAGAAAAACAAACCAAGAGACAAUGUUUGACAAGAUAAUCAAAUAUUCCAUUCUGCUCCCAGCUCCAAUAUACUCCUCCUAAAACAAACAUGAACAGAUGAAAACAAAGAUAAAGACAUAAAGACGGCAUGAAUGUUGUUGAACUUGACCGUACCUACCGCGAAUGUCAGAGAAUUUAACAUAAAAUUAAAAGGAAAAAAAAUGUACAUGUCGUGUUUAGUUUGUACUCAAAACUAUUGAUGUUUCAGCCAGUAACUGGGAUCAUCUGGUGGGGAGAGAAAAUCUGUAUCUGUUGAGAAAUCAGUCAAAAGCAAUAGUGCUUUUUAUCUCUAAAUGUGUUUUUUUUUUCUGUGCAGCUUAUGUCAACAUAUGAAGAAAAUAUACUGUGCACUUUAUAUUUUUGAGAAGUCUUAGUGUUAGAAAUACUUGUUUACUGAACCUUUUUGUUUGCAAAUCCUUACAGAACUAAAAUAAAGUGCAUUUCUAUUUUGC